GAAGUUCUCCUCUCUGGCUUUGGGCUUGUGUUUAUUUAUUUGCUUUAGAGCGUAUCUAUCUAUCUCUCUAUUUAUAACCACCCCAUCCUCCCCCCCUCUUUUUUUUUUUGAAAGUGUCUGCCAUGUUUUCCUCAUCCAAAUCUUCUUCAUUCUACUCCUGGACCUCCAUGGAGCAGGCUGACUCGGACGUGCUGGACAUCAGCACUAAGGUGCAGCUGUAUGGAGUCUUGUGGAAGAGACCCUUUGGGAGACCCUCCGCCAAGUGGUCUCGAAGGUUUUUCAUCAUUAAAGACAGCUUCCUGCUCUACUAUGCAGAGAAUGAGAAACGAAACUUUGAGACUAACAAAUACUUCAACAUCCAUCCAAAGGGCGUCAUCCCUUUAGGUGGAUGCGUGGUUGAGCCGAAGGAAGACCAGGGCAUGCCUUUUGCCAUGGUUAUCAAUCAUGAGGAUUUCACGGGGGAGAUAGCACUAGCAGCAGAGUCGGAGCCUGAGCAGAGCCAGUGGCUGGAGAUGCUGCAGGAGUCUGGAAAAGUCACCUGGAAGAACGCUCAGCUGGGAGAGGCGAUGAUUGAGAGUCUGGAGGCUCAGGGACUGCAGCUGGCUAAAGAGAAGCAGGAGUACCUGGAUAAACUGAUGGAGGAGACGGAGGAACUGAGCCUGCAGAGAGAACAGAAGGCGGAGCUGGAGCGACUGAACCAGUUGCUGGAGGAGGAGAAGCAGAAGUUUGAGGAGGUGGUGGUGGAGCUGAGAACAGAGCAGGAGCAGAUUAAACUAGAUCUGGAUGGCACAGCUCAGUCACUAAAGGGGGUGGAGUCAGAAAAAGCUGAGCUUCACAAUCUCACCACGCUGCUGCAGAAAUCUCUCGAGGACCUGUCUAAAGAGAAGCAGCGCACUCUGGAGAUGCUCAGAGACCGAGGACUGGCGGGGGCUGAGCCGGUUACUCCGGUUCAGGCUUCCUCAGCAAACUCUCAACGCCCUGAGGCACCGGAGGAGCAGCUGCAGGGCAACCUACGCCACAUCGAGGAGCAGAUGAUGAGCGUGCUCAGAGAGAAGCAGCAGGCCGAGGAGAGGCUGAAGGAGAACGAGCAGCGGGCGCUGGUUCUGCAGGAGGAGAGAGAGUUUUAUUCUUCUCAGGCUCACGCCCUCCAGCAGUCCCUCAGCCAGCUCACUGUCGACAAGCAGCAGACUGAAGCCGAGCUGAAGGCUGAGAUGGAGUCUCGUGCUGAGCUGGAGCAGAGGCUGAAGUUUGCUGAGAAAGCUCUGAAGGAUCUGGAGCAGGGCCUGAACUGUAUCGAGCGCAGCCACGAGAGAGACGAGAAGAUGAGAGGGGAUGUCAGCCACCUCCGCAAGUUCUUUGAGGAGUGUAUCUGUGCGGCAGAGAUCGAGGCCAAGCUGCCGGCCAUCAUGAAGAACGCUGUGUAUCUGCAUAAAGCUGCUGCUCGCCGCAUCAAGAGCUGUCGAGUCCAGAGACAUGCCUCCAGGCAGCACUGGCUCAAACACUCCAAGUCGUUUGCCUGCUCACAUGGAGAGGAUCCCAACCUGGAGGACCUGAAGGAGACCGCCCGGCGCCUGACCUCAGACAGCUGCUUUAGACAGCGCAUGUACAAGAUCAUCACCCAGCAAAGCACAGUCUCGCAGUCUGAGGACUGAGAAUGGUAUGAUGCAUUGACAGGCAGGUGGUGGUCCUAAAAAAAGGUGAAACAUCUUUUUUUUCAUGGUUUUCUACACUUUAUCUACAGUGUAAACCUGCUGCAAUGAGGCUCCAAUUUAGGCCAGGGUCAGUGAACCUCAGGAGGCAAGAGCCAGGAUCACUUCCUGUUUGAUUUAGGGUCGACAUCCGUCACAAACAAAAUCUGUUUUCUUACGUUUUUGCCACCAGGGGUAUGUUUGAUAUUCAAUCAAUCAGUUAACAUUGAUGCUAAAACUGUAAUGGAAAGUAAUGGCUGGCUUUUGUGACAGUUUUGUGACAGAAUAAUUUACAGGGUAGGCUGAGGACAGGUGCAUGAACCUCAUUUGGUGCAGCCCCAAAUCAGAAAACGUUGAGGAGGUAUGAAAAAUAAUAUAAUAAUAAUGAUUGAUAAACUAAAAUGUUUUCUUAAAAGUGUUUUAUUAUGUUUAAUUUGACUAUUAUUCAGUUGCAGCCAGUAUAAACCCAAGAUAUAUACAGUAUCUUGUUUUGUGUGGUCAACUUAAUUUCAUUUUUCAGCAUACUGUACAUCCAUUCCUACAUUUCAUGCCUGAAAUUGGGCGAGAUGUAAUAAGGGCAUGUCUAUACUUUCAACAAGACAAUGCAAAACCACAUGCUGCACAUACUCUGCCUGCC